GCGGGUAGUCCAGAAUUCUCAAAGCAGUGGAACGCUCUAGAAGAAGUUGCGAGUUUUCAGCGGGUCACCGACUUGGGCGGGCUCUUUGAUACAAACAAAGAAAAGAAGGGAUUCUUGGAGCUCAUUCAAAAUUCACUUUUUUAUUUCUUAUUGUUAUUAUCAUUUGUUUUUACACAAGACAAGAGACUAAAGAGAGGCUGAGAGGGACGGUUACUUUUUUCCAUGGCAGUUUUGGAGCGACUAGUAAGGACUGCCCGAUCAUGGCGCAGGAUCGCCCCUCCCAAAACCCUAACCCCUUCACGUGCUCCCUUACGUGACCUCCCUCCUCCUCUAUACCGCCGUUCUUCUCAAGGCUCAAAUUGUAAUAUUGGAUCAGAUGUCAAGAAGCUAAGGUUGGUGGCUGCUGCUUCUGGGUCUUAUUCUAUACUUCCAGCUGUCUUAGCUGGUUUGCUAGGAGCGGGAGUGAUAGAAACAGCUUAUUCUGAUGCUGAUGAGGUUGCUUCCAAACCUCCUCUUCCAUCGGAACCUCCUGCAAAUCAUGUCAACCUUGAGGAAACUGCCAAGAAAGAGAGGCAGCGAAUUGAAGAGUUGCUUAAAGAUAAAGGAAUGAAAAAUGGUUCUUAUCCACGGUUUACUGUUGCUGUCAAGGGCCAAAAGGUUAUAAUCAAGUUCCAGAUUCAUCCUACAUGUGAAGUUGCACAAUUGAUUGCAAACCUUGUUUCAAAUCUUGGGCUGAAGGUUGAAGAGCAUGGUGGUGGAUCAGAUGUGCUAUUGCGUGCAUGGGACAGUUCAGUAGCUUGGCAGCUGACGCUUAAUCCAUUUGAGAAUCUGAAGGAAAGUGGAGUAAAUGAAGGACAUUCAGUAGAUAGGAAUAGAGAUGGAGGGGAUUUAUGCAUCCUCAUUUUCCGGUCUCUCGUAAGCUCAGACAAAGCGGAAAUUGAGUUUAUAAAGCAAGGCAGUUUGAAUACCAAGGAGCUUGAUGCCUUGAUCUCUGCCUUACAACUAGCUGGUGGAAGGUUUGCACGAAGUAGCACUCUGGUAACAAAACCAAGGGAAAGUUCUCCACAGAUGGGUGCACAAAAAUCAAUCGAUAGCCUGAAGGCCAUGGGGGUGAGAAUUUAUGGACUUGAUGCACCACGUCAGAAUAACUCAUACAGUGAGAUAUCAUGGGACAAUAUUGCUGGAUAUGAUCAACAGAAACGAGAAAUAGAAGAUACAAUUUUACUGGCUCUAAAUAGCCCCCAAGUAUAUGAUGAUAUUGCCCGUGGGACUCGUCGUAAAUUUGAGUCAAAUAGACCUAGAGCUGUACUCUUUGAAGGACCUCCGGGUACAGGGAAGACAUCUUGUGCUCGUGUUAUUGCUAAUCAGGCAGGUGUUCCAUUGCUCUAUGUGCCACUAGAGAUUGUUUUGUCAAAGUACUAUGGUGAAAGUGAACGCUUAUUGGGGCAAGUGUUCUCUCUUGCCAAUCAGCUCCCUGAUGGUUCUAUUAUAUUUUUAGAUGAGGUUGAUGCUUUUGCCACUGCUCGUGAUGGUGAAAUUCAUGAAGCUACACGUCGAAUUUUGUCAGUGCUAUUGCGACAGAUUGAUGGAUUUGAACAGGACAAGAAAGUGGUUGUCAUUGCUGCUACAAAUAGAAAACAAGAUCUUGAUCCUGCAUUGAUUAGUCGUUUUGAUUCAAUGAUUGGCUUUGGCCUACCUGAUGAGCAAAACCGUCGGGAAAUAGCAGCUCAGUAUGCUAAACACCUUACAGAAUCAGAGUUAGUUGAACUUGCUCGAGUCACAGAUGAAAUGUCUGGGAGGGACAUCCGGGAUGCAUGCCAACAAGCAGAGCGGUCGUGGGCGUCAAAGCUAAUUCGAGGACAAGCAACUAAUAAUGAAGAACAACAGUCUCUCCCACCUUUGGAAGAAUACAUCAAAAGCGCCAUCAAUCGAAGAAAGGCUCUACUUAGUGUUGCAGAGCAGAGAAACCAAAACCCUAAUCAGCGUAUGAAGAAACCUCAUUUAGAUUUGCUAUCUACACAAUCAACAAAGAGCAUCAGAAAGUCUGAAUGUCCUAAAGAGCUUGAGCCUGCUGAUAGAAGGUCUUCUGUUCAUGUCAAUCUGAUAAAGAGGGACGAGAAAUGCCCUGAACCGGAGAAGAAGCGCCAGGUAGCAUUUCAGGGUGUAGGAAGAACUCUUGGUAGCAGCAGUACUUCGGCAGCACCUGAAACAACUAUCAGUUCUACUCCUCUCAACACUGCUCCAAACCCUUCUCCGGGCCUGGUGGUUGUUGAUGAAAGUUUACCAUCAACCUCAAUUCAGCUUAGGUUGGCUGAUGGCACGCGCAUGAUAGCCCACUUCAAUUUCCACCAUACGGUUGAUAGCGUCCGUUCCUUCAUCAAUGCAUCUAGACCUGGGAGUGCAGCGAACUAUCAAUUGCAGAUAAUGGGAUUCCCUCCUAAACUUCUUACUGAUCCAACCCAAACCAUAGAGCAGGCAGGCCUUGCCAAUUCCGUGGUAAUCCAAAAAUUCUAGUUUAGGCUGCAUGGAAAGUGUCAACAGCUACUUGUACCAAGUGAAAAAUUUUCCAUCAACUUGAACAAUUAUGAACCAUUACCAUAAAAAGAAAGCAGGUUUUGAUGGCUGAUUCUGGUUGAAUGGGAUUGAAUUGCUUGAUUCCCUUUUUCUUUCUUUCAUUUUGUUUGAACCGAAUAAUCAUCAUAGCAAUUGAAC